AUGAUGAAAUUAAUUCUACAAACAAUUAGGAUAUCUUUUUUUUCACUUGCUAUUAUUAAUUUAACGGCGCAAGAAGCUAAUCCGGCUGAUUGGAGAACUAUAGAAAUGUUAGCAGAAGAACAUCCAUACAUAGUGGCUUUAUUGGACAGGGAAAAAGUUUAUUCGUGCACUGGUACAAUUAUUAAUCAACGCACUGUACUGACCUCUGGCAGCUGUGUGAAAAGAGAUCCAAACUUCGUAGCAGUGGGAGCCGCCGCCAUAGAAAAUAUUUUAAAAACCAAUAUGCUUCUUAAAAUUGCUUUUAAAAGAUUACACAAAGAUUAUGCUCUUGAAGUGAAUAUUGACUCCGAUCAAAUUAUUACCCAAAUGUACAAUAAUAUAGGACUAAUCUAUACGGUGAAACCACACCUUGAAUUAUUUGUGUACAGCGCUGUCAUAGGAAACUAUUCGGCUUCUGAAUUGAUGAAAAGUAGAUUACUAGCUGUCGGCUACGGCAAAAUUAAAGAACAUUUAGUAGCCCUACAAAAACAGAUCUACCAUCAGAUACCUUGCAAGAACCCAAAAUGGCACUAUUGUGUUUGUGGGUCAGAAUAUACAACUGGCUCAAAGACAUACCUACAAAACUUUGGUGAGGGAGGACCAAUACUAUUGGACUCGCUUGUCGUAGGAAUAGCAACAUUUCCUUGUGGCUCGCUUGCUCAUCGUAACUUGAAUGAUGUUUAUAAUAUUUUUACGGUCAUUGGGCCCUACUUACAUUGGUUUGAUGAGCCUUAUUCAGAACCAUCGCUAAAAUUUGUUUCUCAAGAAAUCAACACCAGUUUCCAAAGAAGGGUCGGAGUUGAAUGUUUUUUUUUAUGUCUUAUAGUCAGUAAAGCAAUUUGCUAA